CCACAAUUAUGACCUAAGGGGGCUACCGUUAGCUGCCACGUCCAAAAACAGAACAAAAACAAAUAGCACACAAGGCCAGUCCAGGAGGGCCGCCAGGCCAGGCCACAACUGAGAGCCAUCUGUUAGCAAAAUUUGAAUUUAUGAAGCAACUGACAUAAAUCACACGAAACAGUGCCCCCAAAAAGCAGCGCACACACAGAGAUACAGCCAGAGAAUAGCAUGCAAUUAGCAGCAACAAGUGCGAACCACCAUGGAUAAGAAAUCAAAGACCAAAUCUAAAACGAAAAGCCUCAAGCCGAACAAAGAGUCCAGCACCAAACUGGAUGUGGAUCUAUGGGAGCAAAAUGAGGAUCGUUUCAGCAGCUGUGAAUUCAAUUCGGAGCGUCGAGCCCAGAACAACAAGGCGACAUCAGCAACAGCGAUUGGAGGAGGAGCAACAGCUCCUGGCGGGGGUCGCAGUGGUGGUGCUGGUGUUGGCGCUGGUGGUGUGGGCGUAGUUUGUCCCGGCAAUGCGGCAACGUUAACAUUAACAGCGAGUGCUUCGGGGAAAGAUGUGACAGUGGCGACACCACCACAGCUCAGCACCACACCCACAGCCAUCAGCAUUGCGGGCUGUGCUUCGGGCACGGCGCUGGUCACACUCGACGCGGAUGCGGUCACCAUUGAGACAGCGGAACCGGAACGUGGUAACUGGACGGGUCGCUUUGAUUUUCUACUCUCACUCCUCGGCUACUCGGUGGGGCUGGGCAACGUCUGGCGUUUUCCAUAUCUCUGCUACAAUAAUGGAGGCGGCGCCUUUCUUAUACCAUUCACCAUAAUGUUAAUCAUAGCGGGACUACCGCUAAUGUUUAUGGAGCUCUCGUUUGGCCAGUACGCCGCCUUGGGUCCUGUGGCCAUAUAUCGUCGCUUCUGUCCGCUCUUCCGUGGACUCGGCACCGGCAUGAUCAUCGUCUCGGCGAUUGUGAUGCUGUACUACAAUCUAAUAAUUGCCUGGACUAUAUUCUAUAUGUUCGCCUCGUUUCGCACACAGCUGCCAUGGCAGAACUGCGAGCCGGAGUGGAGCACAGAGCAUUGUUUCUCUUACGUGAUGGCGGAUCAAUGUGAGUCUAUCAAUGGCACCUACUAUCUGCGCACCUGUUACAAUGCCACCUAUGCCGAUGAGCACAAUAUAACCGAAAUGGCGCUACAUGCCCUGAAACGUCCACCUGCCGAGGAGUAUUUCAACAACUUUGUGUUGGGCCUCUCAUCGGGCAUUGAGGAAACGGGCAGCAUUAAGUACUCAUUGGCAGCCUGCUUGUUUCUGGCCUGGGUCAUUGUCUUUCUGUGCCUCUGCAAGGGCGUUCAAUCCUCUGGCAAGGUCGUUUAUUUUACCGCCCUCUUUCCCUACUUGGUGCUGGUCAUACUCUUCUUUCGUGGUGUUACCCUGCCAGGUGCCAGCACAGGGAUUCUGUUCUAUCUAACGCCCGAUUGGAAGCAACUGGCAAAUGCUCAGGUGUGGGGAGAUGCCGCUGUGCAGAUCUUCUUUGCACUCAGCCCCGCCUGGGGUGGACUCAUCACAUUGUCUUCAUAUAAUAAGUUCUCCAAUAAUUGCUAUAAGGACUCGUUGAUUGUGGCCUUUUGCAACAUAGCCACUUCAUUCUUUGCGGGUCUGGUCAUAUUCUCGAUAAUUGGUUUUCUGGCACACGAGCUAGAUGUGGAGGUGAAAAAGGUUGUGGAUCAGGGUGCUGGUUUGGCGUUCAUUGUGUAUCCGGAGGUGGUUACUCGUCUGCCCAUCUCGCCAGUUUGGUCGAUACUGUUCUUUGUCAUGCUGCUCACGUUGGGUUUGGACUCGCAGUUUGCAUUAAUGGAGACCGUAACUACUGCCAUUUUAGACAAGUUUCCAAAUCUGCGACAAUACAAAACAUGGGUUGUGCUCUUCGUGGGCAUAUUUGGCUACCUGGGCGGAUUGGGCUUCACCACCAAUAGUGGCAUGUAUUGGCUGCAGCUAAUGGAUAAAUAUGCGGCAAACUGGUCGGUGUUGCUCAUAGCCAUAUCGGAGUGUGUCUUGAUUGCCUGGAUCUAUGGCUCGCAGCGUUUCCUCAACGAUAUACAGGGCAUGAUUGGCAAGCGAUCGCGUCUAUGGAACAUUUUCUGGGGCACCAUGUGGCGCUAUAUUACACCAGCAACGCUACUGUUCAUUUUGUUCUUCAACUGGGUUGAGUAUAAGCCCGCCCAAUAUGGACAUUACAUUUAUCCCAUCUGGGCAGAUACAGUUGGCUGGAUUAUAGGUCUAUUGCCGGUGUUUAUCAUCUUUGUGGUGGGUUUACAGCAGAUCUGCAAGGCGCCCAAGCAUCUCAAUUUCCGAGAUCGCCUCAAACAUCUGCUGAGACCCACAGCGGAAUGGGGACCCGCUGGCAGACCCUGUGUCAAUUUGCAUGCCGAGCGUUAUCAGAGUCAGAAUUACGAUGGUGUGACGAACACUCAAAUACUGAUAAGUGGUGCACCACCGUUGGAGGUGACGCCCUACGAGGAUGCUGCUGCUCCGGGCAAUAGCAAUGGCAAUGUGAAUGGCAACAAUGACAACGGCAACAGCUAUCGGGAUGAGGCGAUGCAACUCUGAGAGCGGGUUAAUGCAUCAGCCUCGUCGGCGAUGGCCGUUGACGCGGUUGAUGUGUUGCCAAUGACUGUGGGCAAGUUGCCGGGACCGAGUAUAUUGAAGACAUCGGCAAGGCAUCACAGCAGCAACAUCAACAGUAAUCAACAGCAACCGGCUCAAGUCAAGGUCAUAACGGAGGUCAGUUCCACUAAGCAUGCUGAGAAAGAGAAAGCUGCAAGCAAGCAACAAGCAAAGCCUGCAGCAGCAGCAACAACAACAACAAUGACUGCUGCCACCACGAAAGUGUUGGCCACAGGCACCAUGAGCAGCGGACGUGAAUGCAACACAAUGUGCACAUUUACAACAGGCGGGCCAGCUGCUGCAGACGUGACUAUACAGAGAACGACAGCUGCUAACAGCAAUAUUGCUGCUGUGCCAGCUGGCACGAAGCCAAGCCCAACACUAACCAGCACUUUUAUGCCAGCCACAAAGCCAAUAACAACAUCUGCCGUUGCUGCCAAUAAUAGUAAAAUGGCUGCAACAGAUGUAAAUACCUAUGUUGCCGGCAAUGGCAGUGUUGAAACUGCAGCUGUAACCCUACCAAAAACACAAAUCGUGUCAACAAAAUCAGAGCCAAGUGUCACGAUUGCUAAUAAGACAGUGACGCCAACUACAGCAACAAUUGCUGCCGUCUCAUCAGCAGCUCCAACAUCAUCAAAGCCAGCAGCUGCUGACAAGUCGCAAGUGAUGUUGACAAAAGUAAUAACAACAAUAACCCAGCCAAGUGCAAGUGUUGCUGCAAAGCCAGCAACAACUUUUGCGGCUCUAACGCCAAUAACUGUUACUGUUGCUCAGAAGCCACAAACAGUGACAACAAUAACAGCUGCUUUGGGCACAGCGACAACACAGCCAGCUGCAACUGCAACCAAAACAGCAGCAGCAACUGCAACUGUUGGCAGUAAUAUGAAGAAGCCAGAAGCAACUACUGCAACUAAGCCAGCAGUAACAGCAGCCGCAACUGCUGCCAGCAACAUGCAAAAGCCAACCAUAGCAACAGCAACUGUUGCAACAAAGCCAACAGCAACUACAACUGCAACUAAGCCAGCAGCAACAGCAACUAUAACAGUUGCCAGCAACAUGCAAAAACCUACCGUAGCAAUUGAAACGUUUGCAACUAAACCAGCAGCAGCAGCAACAAUUGCCAAUAAUAUGCAAAAGCCAGUAGCAACUACAGCAACUGCUGCAACUAUGCCAGCAGCAGCAGCAACAAUUGCCAGUAAUAUGCAAAAGCCAGUAGUAACAACAGCAAAUAUUGCAACUAAGCCAGCAACAACAUCACCUGCAACAAUUGCCAGUAAUAUGCAAAAGACAGUAGUAACCACAGCAACUGCUGCAACUAAGCCAGGAAUAACAGCAACUGUUGCCAGUA